GUUCUGACGUCGAGCGCAUCCAUUCUAACGAACUUUCAUCUUUCUUCUGCUUUUCUUACGCUUUCUUACGUUCACAAUGAAAUCCUUCACGACUUUCGUCUUCAUCCUUCUCUCCCUCUUCUCUGCGCUUGUGUAUGCUCUCCCCCUGAAUGAGCGCAACGUUGAGGCUCGCGAUGUCUUUGUGCCUCCCGUCACAUAUCCUCACCAAGGCACCAUCUGGCUCGCUGGUGCCCACUACGAUGUCACUUGGGAGACUAAUGACGCUCCGGUGAACAUCACCAACUCCAUCGGUCAGAUCUACCUGCGCGUUGGAGAAGAGACCUGGUUGAACACUACUCUAGCGAGUGGUUUCAACAUUCGUGACGGUACCGUCCGUGUUCAGGCUCCUAAAGUUCCUACUGGCAUCGACUAUUCCCUCGUCCUCUUCGGCGACUCGGGCAACUUCAGCCCUGAGUUCACUAUCAUCAACGGGUGGCUCUAAGCUGUCCUUUAAACUGAGUUGAUUCUCGCUGUGAAAUUCUUUUCGGUUCUCGCACAGAUUACUUAGGUUUGACUUUCGUCACGGACAUCAUGGACUUGUUUUAUUUUUCCGGACUUCUGCAAUUCGCAAUAUUAAUGUCGUUUCUACGUCUUCCUCUCUUCUACGUUUCUUCUACCAAAUUUUACACCAACGCUGUUGGUGGCGACGUUUUGUUUGACACUUUUGGGGGCUGUAGUUAAUAGGUGAUAUUGGACUUGUAGUACACGAUGCAUGAUAUGGAAAAUACAAUCAACUUAAUAUAUAAUGC